ACACACACACACACACACAUCUGCGCGCGCAAACUAUCUGAAAAUCUCUGCCGUUUCUCACAUUGCCCUUUCUAUCUCUGCACAUCAAACAUAUUAUCGACCGGUCUCUUCAUUUAUUACACUAUUCUCUUUAUAUGGACUCAAAACCAAUAAGCUUUUUGAGCUUGAAAUGUAUCACUCGAUAUAUGACGUCACAUAAAAGAUUCUGCCUCUCAUCGCGGAGCCCAUCUUACCACACCACAGAGCUCUCACUUCCCCUGUAUAUAAAAUUCAUUAGUUGGGAUUUCGACUGCUUCCAGGUCGACGACGUGGGAUUUCGACCAAUUUUUUCCGCGAAAACUCCAAAUUCUCCCUUCACUGUGGAAAUCUUAAGAUCCGGUAUUAGCGGGAUAGUAUUUGAUGAAAGAGAAACGAAUACAACAGCUAACGAUGGACGUAUGAACUUUGCGAUGGAAUAUAUAAUCGACAAGCUUCUGGGAGAUCGGUGUGUUCCGAUUACAGUGGAGACCCUUCAAAUUUCAGUUGACAGAGUUCACUACAUCUUUUCGAAGAACCUCAACAUGAUCUGCAAGAAUCUAGACGUUUCCAUCAUCGAAACCGGCGUCACCCUGGAUACAAUUCUACAUACCUCAAGUUACCCCCUAAAAUCUCUAAGUCUUUCCAAUACUUGGGCUUUUGCCCACCCGAUUAUCCUUACCGCCGAACUUCUGAUCGUUCCAACUAGUGAUCACUUCCACCGUAUCACAAACGCCCGAGUUCAUGCGAUUUCCCUUUCUGGGGAUUUUAAGCUGUUCAUUUAUGAAUGGCUGGAGAAUGGAAGGGAAAUUGGGACGGAGUUCACGAUCGGAGGAUUCCGUGGAAGAGAUUAUGCUAAGAAAAUGGUCUGUGAUAUUAAAGAAGAGUUCGAUGAAAGAUUCCAGGUGGUUCGGAGAUCUCACUUCCCAUUGAGCAUUGCGAUCAAAAUGAACGACUUCUCGGAAAUCUACGUGUUCUACGAUGACAUAAUGGAAAGAUCCAAAGUUUAUUUCAAAGUUCAACCGACACAGUUUUAAUGGUUGUUUUUUUUUCGUUCCUUGCUUUUAUUGUUGAAUAAAUUUCCUUAAAUCUUGAA